AUGAUAUUCGGAAACCAGUUGGCAAAAGAACUGGAAGACUGGAGAAGGCAGCAGCCAGAAGGACUUUUCCUGCAGUAUGUAGACGACAUACUAAUUGCUGCUAAAAGUCGGGAACAGUGCAUCGAGCUCACUACCAUCGAGGAGACUUAUUCCAGCAGACCAGACCUGAAGGAUGAGCCUCUGGAAAACCCAGAUUGGGAACUGUACACGGACGGAAGCAGCUUCAUGCGGGAUGGAAAAUGGAUGACAGGGUAUGCAGUGACAACCAGGGAUGAGGUAAUCGAGGCAAAGGCCUUGCCUGCUGAUGUAUCAUCCCAAAAAGCAGAACUGAUUGCACUGACAAGAGCUCUAGAACUGAGCGAAGGAGACUGGGUCUACAUCAAAUGGUGGGACAGUGACCUGCUGCGAGCCAAGUGGAGAGGACCUUUCCAAAUCCUGCUGACUUCCCUCACUGCCGUCAAAGUUGCUGGCAAAGGACCGUGGUUUCAUUACUCCAGAGUGAAGAAAGCUUCAGUUCCUGGAACUAUCAGCAAAGUAGAACCCGACUCAGAGGAAGACGAUGUGGCCAUAGUCCAAAAUGUAUCCAAAAUUCUCCACAAAGAUGACUGCUGGAUUUGCACCCAAAUACCAGCAAUCGAUGAAAGACUGAAGGAGACAGUUCGAAAAUAUACGGACUUGGAUGUAGAGGCAGAGUCAGGGAAGUUACAGUUGGCUUUGAUUUUCAUGGGACAGUCCCAGGAAGAUAUUAGAAAGAAGUUGCAGAAAUUAGAAGGCGAGGAGACGCGGAAUUUAGAAAAAUUGUUGGAAGUGGCUUGGAAGGUGUACAAUAAUCGUGAAAAGGAGCAAACAAAGAAGCAGCAAGCGACUACUAUUGUGUUUGAAAAAGGAAGGGUCAAACUAGAAAUCCCGGAAGAAAAUGUGGCACAAAUAUUUACUGUAAAUGAAAUAGAAACAGAAGCAAUUCCUCAGGAAAUAGAACAUGCAGUUGUCCCUUGGGUGUGGGAGACCGGGGUCCCGGGAUUAUCUAAAGCAGCAGCUCCAGGAGUGAUAGAACUUAAAGAGGGAGCACAGCCAGUGCGAAUUAAACAAUACCCAAUUAGUUUAGAAGCGAGAAGGGGGGUAGCGCCUUUAAUUAAACAAUUUGUAGGUCUUGGAAUAUUAAAAGAGUGUGAAUCAGAAUUUAAUACACCAAUUUUUCCAGUCAGGAAACCAAACAGGAAAUACAGGUUAGUACAAGAUUUAAGAGCAGUCAAUCUUUUAACUAAGGACAUUCACCCGGUGGUUGCAAAUCCAUAUACCUUGUUAACAUCUGUUUCUGAGAAAUUUCAGUGGUUUUCAGUAAUAGAUUUGAAAGAUGCAUUCUUCUGCAUACAAUUGGCACCGGAAAGCUGGCAUCUUUUCGCCUUUGAGUGGGAAGACCCCGACACCUGGAGGAAAAGACAGCUUACUUGGACGCGUCUACCACAGGGAUUUAAAUCUUCGCCUACAAUAUUUGGUAAUCAGCUAGCAAAAGAACUUGAAGAGUGGAAGACAUCACAGGUAAAAGACUCUCCUUUUUCCUACAUAGUAUUGCAAUAUGUAGAUGACAUCCUUCUGGGUACGGAAGGACGAGACCUGUGUUGCAAGCUAACCAUUGAACUGUUAAACAUGCUGGGCCAAGCAGGUUACCGGGUUUCAAAGGAAAAGGUCCAACUAGUUAAACAAAAAGUUAUCUACUUGGGUUGCGAAAUUUCCCAAGGAGUUCGCCGAUUAGGCGCAAACAGGGUAAAAGCCAUCUGUGCUAUCCCGGUCCCACGGAAUAAUCAGGAAUCGAGAUAUUUUCUAGGAAUGGUCGGCUGGUGCCGACUAUGGAUUCCUGAUUUCGGACUCCUCGCUAGACCACUGUAUGAAGCAGUGAAGGAGCCGCAGCUAGUUUGGAGACCGGCACAGGAAAAGGCAUUCCAGGACUUAAAGAAAGCUCUGCGGGAAGCACCUGCUUUGGGACUGCCUGACAUAACAAAAGAUUUCCAGUUGUAUGUCUGCGAAAGACAAUGGUUGGCUCUGGGAGUACUCACGCAACGAUUGGGAUCCUGGAAGAGACCCGUUGGUUACUUUUCAAAGCAACUGGACACUGUAAGUGGGGGUUGGCCUGGGUGCCUCAGAGCGGUGGCGGCGACGGUGAUAUUGAUCCAGGAAGCACGUAAACUGAUACUGGGAAGGCAUAUUACAGUUUAUGUGCCACAUAUGGUCAUAGCAGUCCUGGAACAGAAAGGGGGGCAUUGGCUGUCCUCCAGAAGAAUGUUACAAUACCAGGCCCUGCUCAGGGAACAGGAUGACAUUGAAUUAAAAGUUACUAACCAUCUCAAUCCAGCUGAGUUUCUCAGGUCCGCCCAGGAAGAGGGAGUCCUGGAACAUGACUGCAUGGAGACAAUCGAGCAUGUCUAUGCCAGUCGAAAGGACUUGAAGGAUGAACCACUGGAGAACCCGGACUGGGAACUGUUUACAGAUGGAUCAAGCUUCGUGGAAAACGGCACCAGGUAUGCAGGGUACGCGGUGAACCCAGUGCAUGACAUCUCUCCAGGAGAUCAGGUCUACGUGAAGAAUUGGUCGGUAGAACCACUGAAGGAAACAUGGGACGGUCCCCGCCAGGUGUUGAUGACAACCUAUACAGCAGUCAAGGUCGAAGGCAUCGACAACUGGAUUCACUACACGAGGGUCAAGAAGGUCCCCGCGCAGUGGGUUGCAGAAUCCAUCACGCCGACCGGAACGGUGUUCCGGGCGGUCCAAUAA